AUGCUUCUUCAUUUUAUGAAAACGGGAUUUGAUCGUCGUACAGCAUUACAUCAUGCAGUAGCAGAAGGGAGUUUGGACACUGUUCAAUAUCUUUUACUAUUGCCCGAGUUAAACAUAGAAACAAAAGAUCGGUGGGGAAGAAAACCUAUUGAUGACGCUGAGAUGAACCGUGGACGUAUGUGGGGAAGAGAUUGUGAUAGAGAGAAACAAUUUCGUGAGAUUGUUAGAUUAUUAAGAGAGAAAUCGGUUCAAAAUGUCUUCAUCGAUAAUGGUAUAAUAAUUUUGGUGAAUGGUGAUGGAAAAUCAAAUAUAAACAAUAAUAAUAUUGAUGCUGAAUUUCACCGACUCGGAUAUAUCUCUUUAUGGUUUAAGAAGAAUCUAUUGGAAUAUAGUGACCCUUCUGAACUCUCAAGGCAAAGUAAAGAGGCGAAUGCGGUUCUUAGCGAUGACUCUAUUACCGUGGAAAAGUUAGGAUCGAGACAAAGACAUCAUUUCUUGGAACCUAGGGAGAAUAUGAAAUACGACUUACCUGAAUCUGUUUGGAAAAGUGUGGAAGAAUUCAGCUUUCAAAAAAGUACAGCUCGCAAAGAACAAAGUGAGGGAACUUAUAUCACGGAUAUAAUUAUGCAUUUACUUCAGGCUAGUCUGGAAGAUAUGUCUAAUGG